UCCUGCCGAGGGAGAGUGCUCCUUGAAAUCAUCACCGCAGACCCCGCUACGAAAGUGCAGAGGAGGAGAGAGAAAAAGCCUCAGCAGCCAACCUCCUGCAGCUGAGGGCUUUGCAAUCAGGGAAAUGGCUCCAGGCUCUCAGAGAUUCUCUCUCACCUUUCUCCAGGGAGUAGGAUCUGUCUUCUUCAUACUUCAGAUCAUCUCUGUUCAGGCUGAUGGGAAAGUGUUUGCACUUGAGUCCAAGAACAACUCUCAGGGUCUGUAUUUAGCCGAAGCUGAGAAAGCUUGUGUUGACCUGAGUGCUCGCUUAGCAACUGCAGAAGAACUGAAAACGGCUGUUCUGGACUGUUCUUUUGCUGGCUGCACCACAGGAUGGCUCGCCAGUGGCUCUGCUGGGACAAUUAUAUGCAGAAAGACGGGCAGCAAACUGCAGAGCGUGAAAGCCAUUGAUGUUAAAAUUGAAACUGAUCCCUUUGUGAAUGACCAAUAUGAUGCUUUUUGUAUAAAGGAUGAAGACAAGCCCUGUGGGGACCCGCCAUCCUUCCCCCACACCAUCCUGCACGGCCACACUGGCUUUGAAAUGGGGGACGAGCUGCUGUACGUGUGUGCCCAGGGGUACGUCAUGGGCAACAAGGAGACGGCGUUCACUCUGCUCUGCGACAGCUGCGGGGAGUGGUACGGGCAGGUCCAGGCCUGCGUCAAAGAUGAAACUGAGGCACACAUUGACUAUGAAGAUAACUUUCCUGAUGACAGAUCAAUGCCUAUCGCUGACAAUGACCAUGGCAACGGCAAAGAGGAAAUUGAGCAGGAACAAAUACAGCUUUCCUUCAGUAAAAGUUCAGAGGAAAGAAGAACUGGAAGUACCAAAGUGGUUACUCAGCACACAGACAUUUCUGAAACAGGAAGCAGGGCACCAACUGAGUCCCCCAUGUCACUCUUAAGCCAAAAAAACUUGUUUUGGUUUCCACCAGAAACUUUCAGUGAGCCUGAAUCAGAGAAAAACACAGAUGAUUCCACUACAGCACAGUUUUCUGAAGGUGAUAACCACAUUGGAGGGAAGACAGCCUAUGAUGAACCUGGUCUCAAAAUGUUUUAUGAUAGCGAGGAUUUCCCCAUUGGACCCAUUCUCACAACUAAUGAUACAAAAAGAGUGAUGGACACAGUCGCCAUCACUGACGAGUCAUGGUUAGAUGGAUAUCCAGUAACACAAGAGGUGGUAGAGGAUGAUGAAGAGGGUGAUAAAGUUGAUGGUUCGAUGGGAACAGAAGAUGACAUCAUCCUCACGACUGACCAACCAAAUCACGUGGAAGUAAGAAAAUCGGGAAACGGCAGUCCUGCUCCAGAGGAAGGUCUAACACAGAUUGUGGCAGCAACAACAGGGGUAGAUGAUGAAGGGGCUAAAAAGACACUGGUACCACUUACAUCAGUGAGUGGUCUGGAGAACUUUAGUGUAAGCAGGGGUUAUGACGAUGCCACGUGGGAACAUCUGGCUACAUCUCUGGACACUGUGACUCAGGAGCCCACUGCAACAAUGCUGUUUGACAUAACCAGCUAUAAAACAUCCAUGUCAGAAGCCUCUGUGACCGUCAGUCCCUCCAAUCACACUCCAUACAUAGAACCAAGAGACACAACCACCUACCCAGAACAAGUAGCAACCACUGCAGCAGCUCCAGACAUCCUUACUGACACAGUGUCCCAGGAAUUAGCUGAGCAAGAAAAUCUCACCCAGGGCCUUGAAGAAAAGCCUGUCCCCACUUCUGAGCCAUGUGAGGGAGAGGAUUGUCCCAAGCCAAAUAAAGGUGCCAUCAUUGCAGUAAUAGUGAUUCUUCUCUGCUUGAUACUGGUUGCAGCUGUUCUGGCAGCGUGGUUUUUCAAAAAACGGCAGCAGAAAAAUUCUGUCUAUAAACUAAAUGGAAGGUGUCAGCCCAGACAUCAUUGUUACCACCACUACCACCACCAGCACAUCGAAAUGCAGAAAGUUUAACCAGGGGCCUUUUGGCAGAGAUCAGAAGAAUAAACAUAUUGAUGCUAGAAGAAUCACAUGACUCAUGGAUGCUAAAAUCCAGCAGUGCAGAAAGCAGAAGAAAAAAAGAAUGCUAGAAGAACAUAGAAGACAGAAAAGAUUUCAUCCUUUUGAAAUUGCAUCUAGCACAUUCGACUUUUCAGACCUAAAUAAUCUGUACUUUUUAUCAUAAGAGCCUUUUGGAGACAU